AUGUAUACCAAAUCAAGUGUAUUCUAUCAAAAUCUUGAAAAUGAAGACGAUUUUUCCGAUGAUGAGGACAUACUUAUCAAGAAGAAGAUGCUUCUUGCAAAUAUCCAAGAUCAAAACCCUCAUUUUAUGCAAAUUCAAAAAUACGUUGAAAAUUUCGUUAAAAAUCAGUGUAUAUGCGUUAACAAAUUAUCAGAAUUCGAAAGUGAAUCAGAAUACAAAUAUCUUCUUGGUGAAAUCACAGGAGAUUUUUAUCUUUCGAAUGUUCACCAAUUUUUAGAUCUUUUCAGUGAUAAUAUGAUAGAAAAUCCAUCAUUAGCUAAAUAUUGGCAUAAAUUACUUGCUAUGUUCAUUCCACAAGUUUCUAUAAAUGAUAUCGAAGAUUAUGUCAUUCCUUAUUGCAGUGAAAACUAUAAAAAGGAAGGUGUAGGUAGUAUAAUACUGAAUGUACUUAAUGUUGAAGGAAUUUCGACAGAUUUAAUCAUCCCUUUGUUAUUCAAAUUAAACGAUUCCGAAUUCGUUCAAGCAUACACUACAAUCUCAUUUACAUAUCCUCAUUUAACAUUGAAUUCAUGUUCAUUGUAUCACAGAUUAAUUGACUCGAAUGAUCCGAGAAUUUUAGUUGCAAUUCGCCAAAAAUUUUCAAAGAAACAAAUAAUUGAAUACGGAACACAGGAGUUUGUUUUGAAUAAGAUAAGUAAAGAAAGAGCUUGGCAAGCACCAGGAUUGAAAUUCUUGCAAGCAACAGCUCAAGAGAUUGGAAAUAUUGACGAAAUUGGUUUGAAAAUUUUUGAUUUGUCAAAUUCGUAUUUGUUUGACAUCAAAGAGGCAAUGAUUAACUAUUUCCAUCAUUACUUGAACAGAUUCAGUAACAAUGCAAUGAAUUCUCUUGAGCACAAAAAUUUCCUUCUGAUGAUAUUUAAUUUAGUUGAAGGAAUCAUUUGUCCUCAAUAUCUCACGAAAACUUUGGAAAUUUUGUUGUUUUUCUUGAGAAAAAACAGAACUCAAGUGAUCAAUCUCUACUCAAAACACACAGAAACAUUCAACAACUAUGCUACUAAGUCAAAAGAUAGCAGUGUUAAAUCAUUGGCUGAAAACAUCUUAAAGACAAUGAAAACCAUUAAAAGAGAAAGUUGA